CCGAAAGAGCCGCCGGUCGCCGAGGGAAAUCUCGAGGCUGGGCGGGAGAGGGAGGCUCGCCUCGCCUUGCCUCGCGCGCGCUCUCUCUCCCCUCUCCCACUGUCGCGCGCCCCCUGAGACGCGCGAGCCAUGGGCGCCUGGAUCCUGGAAGCGACCCUUCUCGACCUCUGCCCGCUGGUCCUCCUCGCCUUCCUUCUCCAGGGCUCUGCGGAGAAGCUGGGGGAUGGAUGUGGACCUAUGACCUUCUAUCAAGAUAGUGGAACUCUGGCGUCCAAGAACUAUCCUGGAACAUAUCCCAACCACACCAUAUGUGAGAAGAAAAUUCAGGUGUCUCAGGGGAAACGGCUGAUUCUGAAAAUCGGAGAUUUGGACAUCGAAUCACAAAAGUGUGAAUCUAAUUAUCUUAGCAUCCACAGUUCUACUACAGUGCAUGGACCAUACUGUGGAAAUGUGCCUGUCCCAGAGGAAAUCAUCUUAGAUUCCAAUGAAGCAACUAUUCACUUUGAGAGCAGGUCUCAUGUUUCUGGAAGGGGUUUUCUUCUGUCUUUUGCUAGCAGUGACCAUCCAGAUCUAAUCACAUGUUUAGACAGAGCAAAUCACUAUGUGGAAACGGAAUACAGCAGGUACUGUCCAGCUGGUUGCAGAGACAUAGCAGGUGAUAUUUCUGGAAAUAUAGUGGAAGGCUACAGAGAUACGUCUUUAUUGUGCAAAUCUGCUAUACAUGCCGGAGUAAUUGCCAAUGAACUGGGUGGCCAGAUUAGUGUGAUUAAGAUGAAAGGAACACAGCGAUACCAAGGAAUCCUGGCCAAUGACAUACUUUCACAGGAUGGUUCUCUAUCAGAUAAGCGGUUUAUUUUCCAUUCAAAUGGUUGCAAUAAAUCAUUGGGCCUAGAAGGAGGAGAUACUUCAAAGGGUCACAUCACUUCAUCUUCAUUCUGGGAGGAAACCAGUGAAAUUGGGGAGGUGACUCAGUGGUCUCCUGAUAAGGCCUGGCUCAAAGUUCAAGGACCAUCCUGGGCUGCCAAUCAGAGCAACCAUCGCCAGUGGCUGGAAAUUGACCUGGGAGAGAGAACAAGAAUAACAGGAAUUAGAACUACAGGGUCCACUAUGCUGAAUUUUAACUAUUAUGUUAAGACCUUCAUUGUGAACUAUAAAAAUAACAACUCAAAAUGGAGGGUUUACAAAGGAAUCCUGAGCAAUGAAGAAAAGGUAUUCAAAGCUAAUUCAAAUCAUGGAGGUAUAGUACGGAAUAAUUUCAUUCCUCCCAUAGUCGCCAGAUAUGUAAGGAUUAUUCCACAGAGCUGGCACAAAAGAAUUGCUCUGAAGGUGGAACUUCUUGGUUGUCGUUUUGCCCAAGUGAACAACUCCAUUAUUUAUCCUAUCUGGCAAAGACCAAGUCAAAGUACAGGUGUUUCAGUCAGAAAAGAAGACAGAACGAUCACAGAACCUCUGCCUCCAGAAGAAAAUAACCUAGGAGCAAAAUUGACUGUUAUAAUCGUUCCAGUCUUAGUGGUGCUUUUUUUGUUCUUGAUAUCUGGAAUUUGUAUCUCUGCUGCCCUGCGAAAGAAAGGAAAGAAAGGUGUUGCAUAUGGUUCCUGCAGCACAGGGAAACCAGGACCAGGUUUCUGGAAUCAAAUCAAGCAUCCCUUUAUCAGACAUCCAUCUACUGAGUUCACCAUCAGUUAUAAUAAUGAAAAGGAAAUGCCUCAAAAGUUAGAUUUGGUCACAAGAGACAUGGCAGAUUAUCAGCAACCUCUCAUGAUAGGAACUGGGACAGUAACUCGAAAGGGCUCCACCUUCAGACCAAUGGAUACAGAGGAUGAGAAGAAAGGUUGCGUAGAGACUGGGAACCACUACCUCUGUCCACCAAGAGCCAAUCGUCAUGAUUAUGCCCUACCUCUAACCAGUCAAGAGCCUGAAUACGCCACUCCUAUCAUAGAGCGGCAUAUGGGAAGAGAAAAUGCUCCGCCUUCCGAGCGCUGCUACAACAUUCCCACUGUUUCUGCAACUCAUAAAUACUCUGUUUCUGCAGGCAGCUUCACUGCCUCGUGCAAGAGUGAUUCUGAAAGCGGAGACUAUCAGACACCACAAAAUCAGAAGGGAUAUGAUAAGCCAAAAAAUAAUAUUUUGCCCAUGGUGGAUUAUAGCACUGGCUACCAGAAGCCCCAGACUGGUUCAGGGAUGCGUGAAGGCUAUUCAACACCCAGAUACUACCUGAAACCGAUAAACCAGACUGCAAUGACAGCUCUCCUAUAACCUAGAGACCAAUGAAAAACUUGGCUGCCCUCAUGGCCCAGGCACUGAAAUGGACUUUCAUAAAAACUAUGUUUGUUUUUGUACAAGGAUGGUGGACAAAAGCUAGAGUCUACAGUUCAUCACUCAAGCCUUCACAAAGAGGUCUACAAGAAGUCAGUUCUCUGCAGCUGUGAUAUUGGUGCUCUAAUCUAAUGUUGUGCAAUGUGUACAUAUGUUUUUAAUUUAAGAAAUGUAACUUAAAUGAUUCCAUUAA